CUGUUACGGUUACACUGCUGACAUUUCACCAGGUGCGUUCCCAAAUAAUUUAAUAAAGCACUUUAAACUAUAAAAGUCUAGUUUCAGACGCCUUGUCGGGUGUGUAUUGUUUUACUACAACCACUUUAAACAUGGAGCGCCAAUUUAGUUUGAGCAACUUCUCUCCAUCGGCGCGUCUCGCGAAUCCCAUGGCGGAUUCCACGCGGAUCGACGCGUCUUCCAUAUCCAGUGGUCACCCUGCCCCCAGUGUCCUGGGACUGAGUCCUAGAAGGCAUAGCAGUCUACUCAAUGGCACCCGCACACCAGACAGAUCAUUCGGAAACCAGACCAGCGCCAGUAUCUCCCGACAAAAACUGAACCUCAGUCAGUUGGAUCCCAAAACCUUUGCCGAUGUGCAUAGUAGUGGCUUGGCUUCCCGAAUAGUUUCCUAUCAUGACAAUAGCCUCGGUGGACGAGGAGGCCUGCAGCGCAGUAUGUCCGCCAGCAAUCUGUACAACCCCAUGCUAAAACCACGAAGGAUGCCAGGAGCACCGCUGCCAUACAAGGCGACCGUUCCCGCCCUUUCAUUGACCAAAAUCGCCCCGCCCGAGAGGAGCUUCUAUUCCGGCAACACGCUGCCCAGUCUUCUGCGUUCCAACUCACUGGUAGGUGUCGUUCACAAGGCCAGCGAGCAGGAGCAGCUGUCACGGGAGAACCGCCCAAUCAUGCACCCCCCACACCCACAACACGACAGCGAACCCACCCGAAGCGUGCUGGACGAGCUGAAAGAAAUAUCACGGAAGCGUAUCAACAGUGGCGACCCGCAGUCGCCGCACGACUUUACCAAGAGAAGCUGCCAGCGGGUAGAUUUCGUGGACCAUCUCAGCUUCCAUCAUCACCAGCAGCAACACCAGCAAACCCUCAAAAGGCAACGGGAGCUCACAGUGGCCGUCCCCCUGAGGCACCAUUCAAUGGUCUUAGCCGCUCCACCUCCGACAUUGCCGCAUAUUCACUCCAAUGGGUCAAUCUCGCCGCAACAGUCACCAGAGCAGCUGGCCAAGAGGCGGAAUUGCAGCUUCAACAACGGCAUUGCCUCAUCGCUGAGCUCUAGCCGGAGGCACACCAACAAAAGGAAGCUUUUCAAUCUUCGGGAAAGCAUCCAAAGCCAAGUUAAUGAUUCUGUACGCAGUGGUAACUCUCCCGAUACCUCACCGGUCGAGAAUGCCGCCAAGGUCCAGCGCAAAGUAGAUGCUGUAGCUAUAAGCAAGGCACGAAGUAUGCCACCAGUUUCCUCUGCGACUACUGCAGUUCUUCCAAGAACACAAUCCGUUCCCCAACCACAAAGUGCAGUCCAACCGGCCACAAAGUGCAGUCCAACCGAGGUCCAGCCGAGGACAACGAAACCGAAACUCACGCUGUUCAAUGCCACGCAGAAUGAGAAGAAAGAGCAGACGCCUCAAAAGCUAAAGGACCUUGACAGUCCGGAUGUGGAUGCUGGGGAGUAUGCGGGCAUUCAGUUUGUGAAGCCGAAGCAGCAGAGCUCCUCGCUGGGUGUCCGGAAUCUUAAUGCCGACCGCACCACAAAGACCAAGCUAGCGAUUAUGUUGAGUGGCCUGAAGGGUGAGCUUUAUCAAGGGGAGCCGGACGAACUGGACGCCACAUUGCCAAAAGCAGGAGCACUGCCAACGCCCAUCAAGCCCACAGUUGUGGCCCCCACCGUGCCAGCAACAACCGGAAUCAAGACGACUGUGUCGCCCACUAAGCCAGUUAUAUUAAGUAAUCAGUUUAUUAAGCCACCACAGGAAGCAAGUGCAGCAGCUGCAUCUUCAUCUACGACUACCCUAGGAACAGUAACAUCGACAGCAAAGUCCCCUGCGGCGGCGGAAGUCAAGCCCAUUCCUAGCCUGCCAGCUGUUGUAUCAGCUCCCAGCUCGACUGCAGCUCCCACGCCAACUACAGCGGCUAGUCCGAAAUCAACAGAUGCUGCCCCCAAACCUUUCUCAUUUGGUACCACCAGCACCGCAAGCACCACUCCCGUUUCUGUCUCAACUCCAGCCUUCUCCUUCGGCCAGAAGCCUACGAGCGGACCUUUAGGAGCCGCUGCCACAGGAUUUAAACUCGAGACUCCAAUAAGUAAAACACUGACUACGCCUACGACAACCAGCACAGAAACUCCAGCUGCAAUUAGCUUAUCCUUUGGAGCACCCCCGAAACCUGUAACAUCCUCACCAGCCUUUGGAGGACCACCGAAGCCUGCAACAUCCUCCGCACCAGCCCUAAACUUCGGUAUGGCAGGGCCCACUGCCGGUAGCACUGGGACCAGUGCACCCAUGCCGGUAUUUGGAGCUCCAGCAGCGGCUUCAUCAGCGCCUAAAGCGCCCACCGCCACCGUGGCUCCCUUGACCUCAUCUGGCAUAGCGCCCGCACCCGGAAAUACAUUAGGAUCCACGGAACCACCAAAACCUUUUGCGUUUGGCCAAGCUAGUAGCGCCAAAAGUGAAAGCAGUGCAGGAUCGGCUGCAAAGCCGGCUGUCUUUAGCUUUGGGGGAAGUCCCGCUCAAGCGCCUGCCCCAGCAGCGCCGCAGCCAACCGAUUUGUUUGGAAGCCAGAGUAAAGCACCCGCAUUUGGAGGAGCGUUCAGCGCACCUACGGCCACCAAACCAGAGCCUGCGAAACCCGGAAUAUUUGGUAGCCAGGCUAACAGUUUCGGAAGUGCAUUCAAGCCAUCCAACCCAGCAGUGGCAGCGGCAGUGCCCGCAGAACCAACCAACCCUUUCUCAUUCAACGCGACCACACCUACGGCUAGUGCUCCGAAACCAUCUACGAAUCUAUUUAGCUUUGGAGGAGCCACAACUCCUGCCAAGCCAGCAGCACCAGCUGAAACUCCAAACGCUUCCAGCAAUCCACCAAUCUUUGGACAAGCCAAGCUCUCAACCAUAAUUGCCUUUGGAGGAGGAUCCACGUCGGGAUCAAGUGGUACUGCAGACCAGAAUAAACCAGCAUUUGCAUUUGGAGGAGGAGGAGGAGCUGGAGGCGGUGGCGCUGGAGAUGCCAGCAAACCUAGUUCGGUAUUCAGCUUCGGUGGAGAGGACAAGAGCAACACGGCAGCAGCACCGCCUGCUCCAUCAACUUCGACUUCGACAAGUAACGGCUUUGGAUUCGGCCAAGUACAGAAGCCAUCGACACCUAUGUUUGGAAGUGGAUCUACAGCCACACAGGACAACACUAAUGCUAUGGGCGGCUCCAAGCCAUUCUCAUUUGGGGGAUCCCAGCAGCCGGCUGCCCCAUCAGGAGGUGGCUUUUCGUUUGCCUCGGUGGCCAAAAAGGCCGAGGAACCGAAGCCAUCAACAAACAUAUUCGGCAGCCCCGCCAGUGGAGGCAACGCGAGCUUUGGCUUUGGAGGAAAUGGAAACAACCAGGCUGUAGCACAACCAGCUGUGGCAUCUGGAGGCUUCUCCUUCGCGUCGGUGGCCGGUGAGAAGGAAGAGCCGGCGAGCAACAAUCUGUUUGGAAAUCCAGGAGCUACUAAUCCGGGGGUAGUGAAGCCAGCAUUUAACUUUGGAGGAAGCACUAGCUCCACACCUCAGGCGGCACCCAGCUUUGGAGGAGGCAGUACUUCUGCCACUCAGGCGGCACCCAGCUUCGGAGGAGGCAGUACUUCCACACCCAGCUUCGGAGGAGGCAUCAGUUCCACACCUCAGGCGGCACCCAGCUUCGGAGGAUUUGGAGCUGCCGCCUCGACUACUGCCCCAGGCCCAACUGCUCAAAGUAACAAGCCUUUUGCGUUCGGGGGAAGCUCUGCGGGAGCGGCUCCUCCCGGCGGCAACCUGUUUGCCAGUGCGGUAGCCGCUGCCCAAAGCCAGCCCUCAAAGCCGGCCAGCUUCUCGUUUGGCGCAGCAGCCAAGCCACCAGCCAGCAAUGCCACCGGUAAUGCCCCGUUCUCUUUCAGCGGAGCAGCAGCCGGUGGCAUCGCCUCGCAGCCCAGCAAUCAGAGCAUGAACACCCCGAAGCAGUUCAGUUUCGGCGGCGCCAGCAGCAAUCCAGUACCGAACGCCUUUGCCAGUCCAGCCCCGUCACCGGUGCCCACCAAUGCGUCUGCUGGAGCGUUCAACUAUGGCGGCGCCACUACCACUCCCACCCAGCCCGGCCCACCCGGCACGCCGGAGAAUCGUCCGAUACGCAAAGCUACUCGACGUUUGCAAAAAUAAAGACUAUAGCUCUCC